AUGGCGACAGGCGCGGAGGGCGGCGGUCUGAUCGACCGCGCGUCGACGGUGGAGGAGGAGGAGCUGCUCGAGUCGUUCUCGCUCAUCGCCAGCAUUGACAAGGCCUGGUGCCGAGUGUCGCCCGUUGGUGGGUGCAGAUGGGCUGACAUGGGUGGAGAUGGGUUGAGAUGGGCCCAUAUGGGCCAAAAUGCAGGACCCAAGGGCAAGGGCGCUCCAGGCAAGGCCAGUCUAGACGUGACGGUGCAGAUGAGUCAGAAGAACCUACCAGCCAACGCCAUGCGCAAGUACCUCUCAACCGUGCACGUGCCCGACCCCCAAGGCGACCUCUCCUCCUUCCACUGGUCCCCCUUCCCCUCCGAGCUCACCGGGGUGACCCUCAUCGCCCCCUCCCCCUCGGGGGGACGGCUGCUGGUGGUGCGCAAUGGGGAGGCGGGCGUGGGGGGGAAGGAGGCCGGAGCGGUGAAGCUGGAGGUGUGGGGCGCGGGGCGGCUGCUGAGGGAGGUGCAUGUGGCGGCUACUGUUCAUGGGGGGGUGUACGCCGAUGGAUGGUUCGAGGGAGUGUCAUGGAAUGAGGAUGAAACCUGUGUUGCCUACGUGGCAGAAGAGCCUGCCCCACCCAAGCCUGUCUUCGGCCAGCCUCGGCAGCCCGCUGCCACGUCAGCCGCCCAGCACCCGCCUGCCGCACCUGCCGGCCCGGCUCGGGGCAGGUUCACAGCCGCAGCUGCAGCGGCGCCAGCUCCGGCGGGAGGCGGUUCAAGAGGGCAAGGGGGAGUGGAUGGAGAACUGGGGGGAAAGAUACGCGAGGAAGCAGCGGCCUCUGGUGUUUGUUCUCAACACUGUCAGGUGCAUGGCAUAGGAGUUUGUGGAACAGAGGUGGUGGGGGCCCCAGAUGUGAAGGCAGAUGCGCUGGCAGUCUUCAUGUGCUAUCUCGUAUCUCUUCUCCUUCUCACUUCCCCUUCCCACCCCACCCGCGGCUCUCCCCUCCCAUCCUCACAUUCCGCCUCCAAACGCCACGCUUCUGCCUUCCUUGCCACCUUCUCGCACCGCUCUGUACCGCUCUCUCCCUGCCAGUGGCACAGUGCAGGCAGUGGAGGGCAUCCCAGGGGACAUCAGUGCGGGGCAGGUGGUGUGGGCGCCGGCAGUGGAGGGGCAGCACAUGCUCUCACCUUUUCUCAUCUGCUGCCACCACUAUACACCGCUCUCUUUCGCCCUGCCAGUGGCACAGUGCAGGCAGUGGAGGGCAUUCCAGGGGACAUCAGCGCGGGGCAGGUGGUGUGGGCGCCGGCAGUGGAGGGGCAGCAGCCAACACUGCUCUUCGUCGGCUGGUCCGCCUUCGCUUCCAACUUCAACACGGCUCGCCGCCUUGGCAUUGUGUACUGCGCCAACCGCCCCUGCCAUCUGUUUGCUGCUCAAGCGCCCUCCCAAGACGCUGCUGGGAAGAAGUCAGGCAGCGGCUGCAGCAUUGUGAAGCUCACGGCUGGCAUCAGCAGCGCCUUCUCACCCCGCUUCAGCCCUGACGGCUCUCUGCUGGUCUUCCUCUCAUCACACGCAGCAGUGGACAGCGGCACUCACGGCGCCACCAACUCGCUGCACUCGCUGCUCUGGCCCAAGGAGGGCAUCUCCUUCCCCCACGCCCCUCCUGCUGAUCCUGAGGAGGAUACUCGUUCAGGGCCUUCCGACGUCCCCGCUAUAGACAUUCCCAUUAACAGCAUAAUCAGUGUGGUGGCGAGGGCGGAGGAGCAAGGAGGGUUCCCUGGCCUGUACGCUGCUGGAGCCAUCGCCAACCCGUGGCUGGCGGAUGGGCGCACGCUGCUGCUUACUACAGCGUGGAGGAGCACCCAAGCGAUCAUCUCCGUGCAUGUGGAGAGUGGGCGGGUGUCCCGGCUGACCCCGGAGGGCCCCAUCUCGUGGGUGCUGCUGGAUGUGCGGAACAACGUGGUGGUGGCGGGCGCCAGCACCCCAGCGUGCCCCACGAAGCUCAUGCUUGGGCGGGUGAAUGCCGGGUGGCUCAAGCAGGAAGGAUGGCUGUGGUCCGAGAUUUCACCUCCCCAUGUCGAGUAUGCUGACGCGGUGGAGAAUGCACUCAAAUCAACGGAGUUUGAGGUCAUCCCCAUUGUGCCUUCUGUGUCCAAGGCGCAGGGUCUGACUGAAGGCGCCAAGCAGCCAUUCGAAGCCAUUUUCGUGAGAAGACAGCCCGAAGCCGCUGCUGCACCCCCACCGGCUGGAAGCAAAGUAGCACCUGCCCCAGCUGCACCUGCCGCGCUGCCCCCGCUGCUGGUGGUGCCUCAUGGGGGCCCACACGGCGUCAGCACGACCAACUUUGUGAUGCCCUAUGCGUACCUGUGCGCCCUGGGCUAUGCUGUGCUGCACGUUAACUACAGGGGGUCGCUUGGGUUUGGAGAGGAGGCGCUGCAGUCCCUGCCAAAACACAUUGGACGGCAGGACGUGGCCGACUUGUUGGAGGCGAUUGAUCGGGUGGUGGAGCUGGGAUAUGUGGACGCUGCCCGCAUGGCUGUGAUUGGUGGAUCGCACGGUGGCUUCCUUGCCGGGCACCUUAUCGGGCAGGAGCCCGAUCGCUUCCGUACGGCCGUGCUGCGUAACCCGGUUACCAAUCUCGCCAGCAUGGUCGGCACCACCGACAUCCCUGAUUGGUGCUUCGUGGAGGCCUUCGGCCAGCCUGGCAUGGCCGCCUUCUCUGAUUCGCCGACUGCUGCCGAGCUCCAGACCUUCCUGAAAGCGUCUCCUAUUGCCUAUGCAUCCAAGGUGAAGGUGCCGACUCUGUUCGUCCUAGGAGGGAAGGACCUGCGCGUGCCAUCUUCAAACGGGCUGCAGUUGGUGCAUGCGCUGCGGGCUCAAGGGCUGGAGGCUCGAGUGUUGAUGAUGCCAGAAGAUGUUCACGCCAUUGAUAAGCCCCAGAGCGAAUUUGAGCAAUGGAUCACUGUGGCUUCAUGGCUCAAGCAGCACCUCUAA